AAGGCUCCGCCCCGGCGCCCAGGUCCCGCCCUCGGUGCGCGCUGCGUUCAGCAGCGGGUGGGACGCGGCGGCUACGGCGCUGGUCUCCUUUGUGCUCGGGCGCCGACGGCCUCGCGGUCCUUCAAGUCCUCUCGCCUGUCAGCCGCGCGCUUUCUAGAGACGGACCAUGUCGGCGGGAGCGGGCGCAGGCGUGGAGGCAGGCUUCUCCAGCGAGGAGCUGCUGUCGCUCCGCUUCCCGCUGCACCGCGCUUGCCGCGACGGGGACCUGGCCGCUCUUUGCUCGCUACUGCCACAAACGCCGCUCUCCCACCUGACAGCUGAGGACACCUUCUAUGGCUGGACGCCGGUGCACUGGGCCGCGCACUUCGGCAAGUUGGAGUGCUUAAUCCAGUUGGUGAGAGCAGGAGCCACACUGAAUGUCUCUACCACCCGCUAUGCCCAGACCCCGGCCCACAUUGCUGCUUUUGGAGGACAUCCCCAGUGCCUAGUUUGGCUGAUUCAAGCUGGGGCCAACAUUAACAAACCGGACUGUGAGGGGGAAACUCCUAUUCACAAGGCAGCCCGCUCAGGGAGCCUGGAGUGCAUCAGUGCUCUGGUGGCCAACGGGGCUCGUACCGACCUGAGAAAUGCCAGUGGCUUGACAGCAGCAGACAUUGCACAAACCCAGGGUUUCCAAGAGUGCACCCGGUUUCUCUUGAGCCUCCAGAGCCAUCACGUGAGCCGUUUCUAUCAUAAUGGCACCUUGAGUAGAGGUCAUGAGAACAUACUUCCCAAUCACGUGAGCCUGGGAACAAAUCGAAAGAGAUGCUUUGAAGACUCGGAAUCCUUGGGAGUAAAGAAAGCUAGAACUGGAGUUCCAAGCCUGGAUUGCGCCAUGCCACUCGAGAAUGGUGAUACUGAAGAUGAUGCUGACAAAAUGCACGUUGACAGAGAGUUUGCUGCUGUAUCAGAUAUGAAAAACAGUAGCUCCGUGUCGAAUUCAUUGACAAAUGGAAGUGUCAUCAAUGGACAUGUGGACUUCCCCUGCGUGACCCCGCUCAAUGGGACGGAGAGCAGGACUGACCCAUGCUUAACAGGAUCUAAUGGAAUUAGCAAUGGAUUAGUUCCAGGAAGGCCAUUUCCGAGUGGCCAGGGUUCUGUUUGUGUUAAUGGGACUGAGGAGCCAGAAAAGACUAUGGGCAUUAACCCGGAGAUGUGUGGGUCUCUACAUUUGAAUGGGAGCCCGAGUAGCUGUGUGGCCAGCAGGCCAUCCUGGGUGGAGGACAUGGGGGAGAACUUGCACUACGGACACUACCAUGGCUUUGGGGACACUGCUGAGAGCAUCCCUGAGCUGAGCAGUGUGCUCGAGCACUCCAGCUGUGUGCGGGUAGAGCAGCGCUACGAUAGCGCUGUCUUGGGUACCAUGCAACUGCACCACGGCUCCUGAGCUGAAGGGCCUGAGUCUGAGCUCUACUGCAGCACUGGCUUAGAGAAGUUGCACAACCUGUGCUGCUUAUACUUCAGCUUUCCAAAUAAGUACUUAGAUCUAUUCACAGAGUACAGAGUUCCAGUGAGUGCUUGCUGGUAUAUGCAAAGAGGUUUCUACAAGGAUGGCAGUUCUUCUAUAAGAUGCACUUUUCUGACACCUGCGUCUUUUUUUUUUUCUUUUGUCACCAGUUAUGCCAUCUUUCUUUUUGUGAAUCUUUUUGAUCAGGAUGAAUUGGGGUGGUAAAUGAGGUGCCUGGUGACAAGUGGGCAUCAUUCAGAAGCUCGCUUUUUGUCUGCUUUAGGUUUUUGUGACAACACAGCUACUUCCUAUGCAAGGUACAGCCUUACGAUGAUUUCUUGCAGCGCUAUCUGUAGACAGAAAACUCCUUUUCAGUGUCUUCAAUGAAACUUGCCGUUUGGCAAGAUAGUAGUUGUAGAUGUUCCCAGUGGUUUAGGGUACAAACAAGCCCCCCUGUUAGAUGUGUAGACCACUGCCCUGUUUCAUUAGAAACAGGUUCUGCCUAGGAUGAAUUCAGAUUUGUUGUGUUUUUACUCCACAUUUCUACUUCGGCUCUAGAAUUUUUAAUCACAGAUAAUGGUUUCCUUUAUAUAGAAGUUGCUAUUUGUAGGAACUGUCAGGUCAAAGUAUUUAACUGACAACAGUGGCCUAUUUUUUUUGUUGUUGUUAUUACUGGUUUUUGAGGUUUUCGCUUUAAAAUAUAUACCAUUUUAUAUAUAUAUACACACACACACACAUAUGUGUGUGUGUAUCCAAUCACCUGGGAGAAUUUUGGAUUUCUCUUAAUGAAACUGCAUUAAAUGUAAUGGUUUUAUAGAAAUGAGCUUUUGUUUAGAUAACUAGUAGUUAUACUGUGCAGCUACUGCAAUGACUUCUGGUUUUUGUAAUAACAAUCGAUGCAGAUAAACUGUCAGAUGAAAUCAAUGUUCCUAAGAGUGUACUGACACUGUUUUUAAACCAUUCUUUACAAAUUAAAUAAAAAAACAGAGCUGA